UUACGUGGGAAUGAUGACAACAAAUAAAAAUUUCAUCGAAUGAUUACGCUUUUCAUGCGUACGGUUUAUUGCAAAAAAUUUUAAAUUAAAAUUUUAUGAACCCCUGAAAUCAUCACUGGCCUCUAAGCCUGCAAUAGAUCGAAUUGGUCAUCCACCUUCCAAUAUAAUAUAACAAAAAGCGCCAUUUAAAGUCACGGAAAAGCCGGUGACGUGAUAAAAUUCAGGCUUCUUCGGCUUUUCUGCCUCUGUUUGAGUUUGAAUGCUGAUUAUGAGACCGUCGAUCAUUGUACUUUACUUCUCCAUCCUGCUCCACCUCCGCCGCUCCUUAAUAUCCUUUGCUCCAAAUAGGCAUUCUGGUUUUGCUUGAUCGGAAAAUUUACUGCCAUGUACACGAAAAUAUUUUUUUAGCCCUGUGUUAAAUUUUAAUUAAUUGUAAAAUGUGGUUGCCGCGGUCUUGUACCGUUUUCACACUUUCCACGACGUUUUCCCUUUAGAAGGGAAUUAAUUUUAAUUAAAUUAAUCAAAUCAACCAUCAAUUUCCUUUCCUUAAUGGUUUGAUUUUCCUUAAAGAACUGCUAUAAAAGGCCGUCGGCUCUUUUUCCACUCGCACUUCUUCUGCUUUCAGAGGAGGAAUCACGUAUUUUUUGGCUCAAAUUCUCUUUUUCUUUCGGAAGAAAUGCCGAUGUUGUGGUUGAUCUGUUUCGUCCUGCUCUUCUCGGCGGAUGCCACUGCCAAAGAGGAUGAUAAUCCUAACUGUGACGCAUCCGCUACCAAAUAUCUGUUAAACCAGGUGUUGACAAUUAUGGACGAACAAGACUCUGCAAUCUUCAAGUACAGAAACCUGAUCAGCAAUGCGCAAAAUGAUUUAAAAUCGGAAAUAAACCAACUCAAAUUGGACGGCAAAAAUUCUAAAGACGAAAUGCAGAAGAUGAUGUUGGAUCUAAAAAAUGAAUUCCAAAAUUCGAUGAAAGAGUUGGCGAAUGAUGUGGUUGCCAUUCGAAACCGUUUGGGAGUGACGAACCCGUUGAAUGGAAAAAUUUAUCAUUUCUCAACCAAUGGAAAAACUUGGGAGCAAUCGAAGAAGCAUUGCGAGCAGAUCGGAAUGCGCUUGGCGUCGGCAAAGACUCCAGAGGAAUUAAAUUUCCUGCAUCAGACUAUAAAAGUUCUACCUAAAACAGACAAUAACUUCUGGCUGUCGGCGUCGAACAUUGGGCAAAAAGGAUUAGAAUUCAAGUGGCUGGACGGUGACGUGCUUCCCAACAACGAAAGUUCCCUGUGGCAUAAUGGAGUUUUCAAUAAUUACGGUAAAACUGACGAUAAUGUGUGCGCUGUCAUUUAUGUGAAUAAGUUGCGUUAUGAUCGCUGUGGAAGCCAUCACAAUUUUAUAUGCCAAUUUUUUAAUGUCUUAUAAAGCACAGAAUGAAGACAAUAUUUAAUAGAUGUUUUUUCCGUCCGUGUGUUAAUUUUCAAAUAAACUGCAUUGGUAAUA